AUGCGCGCCACCCGAGCGACGUUCUGCUACCGUCUCUGGCGCGGCAAACUAUCCUUCGACAUGCUCGAACUGCACCAAAGAUACGGUGACAUAGUGCGCAUUGCACCCGACGAACUCGCGUUCGCAGACCCGUCAGCAUGGAAGGAAAUCAUGGGUCAUAGGAUCGGCGGAGGUUUGAAUGGGGGCAAGACGCCGCCCGAGUUCGAGAAGGCGGACGUAUUCUAUCGGCCGAUUGAGGGUCUGCCGCGGAACAUCAUCACGGCGCUCGGACCGGAGCAUGCGAUGCUGCGGAGACAGCUGAGCCAUGGGUUUAGUGAUCGAAGCCUAAGAGAGCAGGAACCUGUCAUCAUGAAAUACGUUGAUCUCUUCAUAAACAGGUUGCGGGGGACUAUCGGGGGCCGUCAAGAUUGCGGACUCGAUAAUGGCGAUGACACUGUGACAGAGGGAAAGAAGGACUGGCAGCCGAAGCAGAAGCCGCCAGCCGACCUGACGCUUUGGUACAACUACUGCACGUUUGACAUCAUUGGGGACCUCGCCUUUGGCGAGCCGUUCGGAUGUCUCGAGGACGGGAAUCUACACCCAUGGGUGCGGGUCAUCUUUCAGAUGGUGAAGGCCGGGAUAGUGCUACAGACGGGAAACCACUUCUCCUUACUGCGGAGGCUGAUCACAACGGUACUGUCGACACGGGCGAUGAGGGACCGGAGGCUGCAGCACCAGAAGAUGACGAUGCAAAAGCUCGUGAGGAGAAUUGAGUUGGGGGAGAGAGAGGGGCCGAGGGCGGAUUUGAUGGAAGGUUUAUUGAGGAAGAAGAAUGAUUGGAACCUCACGCUCGAUCAACUCGAGAGUAGCGCGAGCAUCAUCAUCAUUGCCGGAUCCGAGACGACGGCGACGCUGCUGUCAGGCGUGACAUAUCUGCUCCUGAAGAACCCCGAGAAGAUGGAGAAACUGGUCCACGAGGUACGGGCGGCGUUUGCGAGGGAGGAGGAGAUUGACCUCACGUCGGUCAACAAACUGACAUACAUGCUGGCUUGUCUCGACGAGGCGUUGAGAAUAUACCCGCCGGUCCCAACGGGGCUGCCAAGAACGACUCCAGAGGGCGGGGCGGUGAUCUCGGGGGUCUUUGUCCCGGAGAAGACAUUGGUCGCUGUCCACCAGUGGGCAAUGUACCACAACGAGAAGAAUUUCAAAAACCAUUCUGCCUUCCAUCCAGAGAGGUUCAUGGGGGACCCGGAGUAUGCGUCGGAUCGGAAAGAGGCUUUUCAACCUUUUCAUCUUGGGCCGCGGAACUGUCUUGGGAAAAAUUUGGCCUACGUGGAGAUGAGGAUCAUACUGGCGAGGUUGCUCUGGAACUUUGACCUGGUCCUUGCGGACGACAGCCAGCAGUGGAUGGAGACUCAGAAGAUUUAUACCUUGUGGGAGAAGGGUCCUUUGAAUGUUUACCUGAGGCCGGUUGCGAGGGGUUGA